UUUCCAGGUGGCGAGCGUAACUGUGGAGUACAUGAGCUGAUCUGCGUCAGAAAAGUCUCUCCAGAGGUGCUGGGGUUUCUGACAGCCAUCGGACUCUUCAUCAUCCUCAUGACCCUCCUGUUCUGGUACCUCAAUAACAAGUUGGCACUAGAGAACCAAGGGAGCCUUCAGUGCCUUGACGACUUCAGGAAAAACACAGAGCUGCAAGACAAGGCCUACUCUGACGCCGACCUGCAGGGCUCAUCAUCGGACAGCGAGGAUGAGCUGAUGGGUCAGUAUCAGGAAGCGGUCAGCCGCUCCCAGGGCCUCCGGGGAGGAGCCAAGGCAGCCGCUAAUGUCAAACACGCAGGAGGUUUCAGCUGGGAGAGCCGGCAGAAGUACAGCCCCCUGACUGAUUAUGACGGCUACAGCAGUGAAGCUUCAGCUGACGACGUCAACUGCAUCCAGCGGAUGAGACGAACGCCACCACUGGAUGAACUUCAGCCACCGCCCUAUCAGGAUGAGAAUGGCUCUCCACGGAUGUCCUGCACAUUGUCAGACCUGGGAGAUGCCAAGUGUGAUUUAUCCCAUACCAGCGGCAGUCCCCACCUGUCCUUCAGCAAAUGUCCUAGUGAGGGCAGUGACGGCCAUGAGACUGAGAGUUACCUCAACAAGGGCUAUGAGGAGGAUGUGCCCAGCGACAGUACCGCCGUCCUUAGCCCGGAGGAUAUGUCAGCCCGAGGAUCAGCAGCACAGCUCCCUAAAGGUUAUGAACCAGAUCCCGUUGCAAAAUAUGGCACCCUGGAUGUGGUCUUCGACUACGACUCAGAGGAGCAGCAGCUGGCAGUGACCAUUAUGGCAGUAACUGACCUUCCAGCCCACAAACGCACUGGCAACAUCUCCUGGCAGGUCCACCUGGUGCUGCUGCCCACCAAGAAGCAGAGGGUAAAGACGGGAAUCCAGAGAGGCCCGUGCCCCAUAUUCACGGAGACCUUCCGCUUCAGCCAUGUGGAGUCAGAGAUGAUCAGCAAUUAUGCCAUCCGAUUCCGCCUUUACAGUAUGCGUCGGUUGAAGAAAGAGAGGGUGCUCGGGGAAAAGGUGUUCUACCUCACCAAGCUCAACCUUCAGGGCAAAAUGUCUGUGCCGGUCAUAUUAGAUCCAUGCUGUGCUCUCCCGGGUGGUGAAUCCCAGGUCAGCCUCUCAGAUAUGACAUGCAGUGAAACCGCCUCAUCAUUCCAGUCAGUAAGUCAGACGUCCACACCAGAGAUCCUUGUGGGCCUGGUGUACAACGCCACAACAGGACGUCUCUCUGUGGAGGUCAUCAAAGGCAUCCAUUUCAAAAACCUAGCUGCCAACAAGCCACCCAAUGGGCUGUUCUGUUGUCUAAAACACUUGAUAGGUGGACAGGUUUAUAUUAUCAGAGAUACAUACGUUAAGCUGACCUUACUGAACUCCAUGGGCCACGAGAUGUCCAAGUGUAAGACAUCCAUCUGUCGAGGUCAGCCCAACCCAACCUACAAAGAGACGUUUGUCUUCCAGGUAGCCCUUUUCCAGCUAUCGGACGUCACGCUCAUUCUCUCUGUCUACAACAAGCGCAGCAUGAAGCGUAAGGAGAUGAUUGGCUGGAUUUCACUGGGCCUCAACAGCUCUGGAGAGGAGGAGCUCACCCACUGGACUCAGAUGAAAGAGUCCAAAGGACAGCAGGUCUGCCGCUGGCACAGUUUGUUGGAGUCCUAA